CACAAGUCUCUAAACAAGUAAGCUAUUGACUAGCUUGACUCCAACAGUCCAACCCAUAUGAAGUAUUCGCUUCACAUACUUUACCUCUCAAAUCUCAUGCAUAUCUUUGUUUAUUCCUAAUUUCCGAUUCUAGAUUCUCUUAAAUCUCUCCCAACGCAAGGAACUGCUCAAAAGACACUCACUGUUUCUUGUGAAACUAGAUUGAAUCCAUGAAAUUCGGGAAGGAAUUUCGAACUCAUUUAGAAGAAACCAUACCUGAAUGGAGAGACAAAUUUCUGUGCUACAAACCCUUGAAAAAGCUUCUUAAGCGUUUCCCAAACAACCCAAUUUCUCUUACCACUCAAAAUCAACAUCAAACCCAAAAUCAAAAUGGACAGAGUUUAGAAAAUAAUGGCGAUCCCACUGUUGAUGUUGGUAGAGAUGGGCCUAGUGCCGGUGGAAAUGGCACUGCGAGUGGUCCGAGUGAAAGAUUCAUGUCAUUAGAUGAAUUUCAAGAUUGGUUUGUAAGGCUUCUCAAUGAUGAACUUGAUAAGUUGAAUGAUUUUUAUGUUGAGAAAGAAGAAGAUUAUGUCAUCCGUUUUCAGGAACUAAAAGAAAGGAUUGUAAGGGUACGGGAAAACAGAAGGGACGGAACUCCAGCAUCAGAAAGUGAAUUCAGUGAAGAAAUGAUGGACAUACGCAAGGAAUUCGUCACUAUACACGGUGAAAUGGUGCUUCUGAAAAACUAUAGUUCCCUCAACUUUGCAGGACUUGUUAAAAUAUUGAAAAAAUAUGACAAAAGAACCGGAGGAUUGUUGCGACUUCCUUUCACACAACUUGCAGCACAUCAGCCCUUCUUCACCACCGAACCUCUUACCAGAUUAGUCCGGGAAUGUGAGGCUAAUCUCGAGCUUCUGUUUCCACUGGAGGAAGAAGUCACAGAAUCUACGUCUGCUCCUCGGGAUCAAAAUUCAACAGACCCUUCACUCUCUGAUAUAACCAAUAUUCCACCGGAUACAUCUUCAUUAGGGGAUGCGACUCAUGAUAUAUAUCGGAGUACUCUAUCUGCCAUCAGAACAAUACAAGGGCUCAGGACAAGCUCAACCUACAAUCCCUUGUCUUUUGCAGUGAUAUUCAGGGACCAAAACGAUGAAGGUAGUGGAGCGGUGACAGCCGAGAAUUCUCCUUCCAACAGUAACCAUGCACAGGUACCAACCGAGAACGAGGAUACUGUUGACCAAGGGGAUCCCAGUUCACCUUCAUAAACAUACAGAACCUUGCAGUUUUUGUUAACAACUUGUGCAGAAGAUAGUCGGGCAUUUGGAGCCCGUAUAGCAUUCGAUACAACACGAAAUUAGCGUUUGGGUCAAAACCGAAAUGCUUAUCUGACAUUUUUGUCCCUCAUUAUCUUGGUUUGGUUGCGGUACAUCCUAAGCUCUUGCUAGCUAACUGAUCACGUUGUUACUGUGAAAUUGCUUCCAUAGAGUAGUUUAACUUAAUCCUCAGCUGUAUCUCAACAUUUUAAACUUUUUCUUUUUUGGGUUACGCAAUAUAUGACCCGGCAUUGGAAGUUUGUGCAAGCUUGAGUUUGCUUACUAGCUUGUUUGAAAAUUACGUGCUUGAAUUUUUCCUAUCAAGAUAAUGUAUUUUUCUUCGUUUGAAAAUUACUUAUUUAGCC